CUUGCUUCCCACCCACGGGCACCUCACCGACCAGCCCAUCGCACCACCGCGCGAGCAGCGCCUGACCCGGGAGCGACCCAGGCGCACGGCGAAGUUCGCGCAGCUGCGGCGCCAUGGCGGAGGCUGCUCCAGGGAAGCGGACACUGGUGCUGGUGAACCUAGCAUCCAUCAUGGAGCGCGCCGACGAGGCGCUGCUGCCGGCGGUGUACCGCGAGGUGGGCGCCGCGCUGCACGCCACGCCCGUGGGGCUCGGCGCCCUCACGCUGUACCGCUCCUCCGUGCAGGCUGCCUGCUACCCGCUCGCCGCCUACGCCGCCGUGCACUACAACCGCGCCCACGUCAUCGCCGUGGGGGCCUUCCUCUGGGCCGCCGCUACCUUCCUCGUCGCCGUCUCCGACACCUUCCUCCAGGUAGCAGUAGCUAGAGGUUUGAAUGGUAUUGGCCUAGCGCUUGUCACCCCAGCAAUCCAAUCUCUAGUGGCAGAUUGCUCUGAUGACAAUACCCGAGGUGCCGCGUUUGGAUGGCUCCAAUUCACAGGCAACAUAGGUUCAGUUAUUGGCGGUUUGUUUUCUCUGAUACUAGCAUCAACCACAAUCAUGGGUAUUGCCGGUUGGCGCAUUGCAUUUCACAUUGUUGCUCUCAUCAGUGUGGUAGUCGGUGCAUUGGUUGGCCUAUUUGCAGUGGACCCCCAUUUCCUCAAUGUCGGAAAUGGCGAGCAGCUCUUGCGCAAGUCUGCAUGGGCAGAGAUGAAGGAUUUAGUGAGAGAAGCCAAAGCUGUAGUCAAAAUCUCGUCAUUUCAAAUCAUUGUGGCUCAGGGCGUCACAGGUUCAUUUCCAUGGUCUGCCCUAUCCUUUGCCCCAAUGUGGUUGGAGCUGAUGGGUUUUACACACAAUGAAACUGGACUUCUCACAACAAUAUUUGCAUUGGCUAGUUCACUUGGAGGUCUUUUAGGUGGAAAGAUGGGGGACCAUUUUGCUGUUCGCUUUCCGGAUUCCGGCCGGAUAGUCCUGUCACAGAUAAGCUCAGCUUCUGCAAUUCCACUGGCUUCUCUGUUGCUGUUAGGGCUACCUGAUAAUUCGUCUUCUGGUUUCUUGCAUGGGCUUGUCAUGUUUAUUAUGGGGCUAAGCAUGUCCUGGAACGCUCCUGCUACUAACAACCCGAUAUUCGCUGAAAUCGUUCCUGGGAGGUCAAGGACUAGUAUCUACGCUCUGGACCGUUCUUUCGAGUCAGUUUUAUCUUCAUUUGCUCCACCGGUGGUUGGUUUCUUAGCCGAGCAUGUCUAUGGCUACAAACCCAUCUCCUAUGGAGCUGGAGUUAGCAGUGUCGGGAGGGACAGAUCAAAUGCCGCUGCCCUAGCCAAAGCUCUUUACACGGCGAUCGCCAUCCCUAUGCUGCUCUGCUGCUUCAUCUACUCCCUGUUGUACAGGACGUACCCACGCGAUAGGGAGAGGGCAAGAAUGGACACUCUGAUUGGAUCAGAGCUCCAGCAGAUUGAGCUGGAAAGAUGUCAUGGAAUAGGAGAUUAUUAUGCUGGAAGGAAGGACAACGCCACUGUGAUCGAUAUGGAUUGCAGCGAGGAAGAUUUUGACGCCGAUGACGAUGCAAAGGCGUUGAUGGAUCGCUGAGUGGCAGUGUCAAGUGGCCCAGGAAUGAUUCACGAAAUUUAUGAAGGUUUUGCCAAAGUAUUAGUAGUUCACGGAUCUGUACAGGAAAUUCGGAAUACUAGAAUUAGGGUAUAAACGUGCCCACCCUCAAUUGUUAACGCUCUUGUUGUCAGUCUCGUUUAGUAAUACAUAUCCUAUAUAUUUAUUAUGUGGACAGUAAUAACAUUGCUUUUGAUUC